AUGGCCGGAAACGGAAGCAUGCAGUUUGGAUUUGGAUACUUCUGUCGAAGACAAUUCGUGACUUGUGUGGCACCGAAGGAGCGCAGAAGGAUGCUCAUCUCACAAGAGCAGAUGCAGGAGCGCCUGAACUCCGGGCAACAUCAUUGCAAGGUGAAGCUUUUGGCGCAGAGACAGGCUGACGAGGCCGAGCGCCGGCGGAGUGCUGACCAGUCUUUCCUGCUGCUCGAGGUUGGCCGCGGGCUCUCCAGCCGGUUGGAUUUCAAUAUCAUUCUCCUCUUGAUGCCAGAGGAACGCAGCGGAUGCGCCCUUGGGAAGGUCUUUCCAAGCGCCUCUUGUGCAUCCACCUGCAGGCGCUCUCCCGGACUCCUUCUGCGGCGGUGGAUGCCACGCAAGCCAUGUCACGGUGUAUCUCUUGCUUGGAGAGCGGCCCGAUGCAUGUCGUCUUUGCAGCAGGCCACCGGGCUUCGCCUGGCCUGGCACGGCAGCUCUGCUCUCAAGGAUGCAAAUGCGGCGCUCUCCCGAGCUCCUUCUGCGGCGGUGGACGCCCCGCAAGCCAGGGCCUGCCGGGCCAUGUCACGGUGUAUCUCUUGCUUGGAGAGCGGCCCGAUGCAUGUCGCCUUCGCUCGACGUGGUUCCGGGCGCAGCCGUCGAGGCGAGCUGCAGGCAACGAAUGGGUGGCAAUUGCUUGUCAUUGCCAAUUCGUCGUGCUGCUCUCCCGCCGUAUCCGGCAACCAAGCCGACCGUGUUCCGUCUUUCGUGAUUCAUUGUGGUGUUCUGCCGAUUCAUAGCUUGGCAUUGGUUGUCGCUGUAAUUGCCCGAGAACUCUGGGACUGCGCAGUGGCUGGUGCCGUGGCUGGUUCUGGAUGCUUCUGGAUUCCAUGGCCUAUGCUCGGAGGUUUGCGACCACAGUGCUUGGUUUUCGAUCAGACGAACGCAGCAGAGUGCCCUUCCGACGGCAGCGGCCUGAGACGGAGUGGCGCAUUUGUGGAAUUUGGGGGGCCUCGUGGUGAGCUUGCGUGCACGGCGGCUGCCGCCGAGGACUGCUUGCAGCGCCAUGCCGCACCGUACUUUUCAGAAGCUUGCCACAGAAACCUGCACCCGCGCGCUUGUCGUCGAAUGUGCCCUCCGCACUGUCUUCGUGCGGCAGAUUCUGGCUCGAAGGCGCGACGCUACGAGUGGGCUCUGGACAAAAGGAUCCUUCCCGCACGGGCCAUGGCCAUGGCCCCGAUCCCGUGUGUCGUGACAGGCAAGCCUUGCCAGCCCUUGUCGGAGUCGAAGGAGUGGAACAAAGGUUUGACGAAAUACGAGCAGAGCGCCGCAGCCGAUUACAAGAAGUUCUCCAGGGCAGUCGGCGGCCCGGGGGGUGUCUAUGCCCCCUUCAUGAACAACCGCACGGCAGUGAACACAUUUCACCUCAUGAACUACUUCAAUAAGAUUGUCGUCCGUCAACAACUCGGCAAGGGCCUCACAGCAUGUUACAGAAGUGCGUCUGGAAGGCUCCGCAAACUCGAUGACACCGACCGGAGUUUGGAAUCUUUCCGGUCAGAUGCCCUGAAGCUCUGUCGAAACAGCUCUGUGCUGAACUUCCACAUCAUGCUCCGGCGGGACAACACAAGAUUGACACUGUGGGCUCCUGGCCAGGGGCAGCUGCUGAGCCGUCCGGUGUCGCCCGAAGAGCUGACCAUGACGUUCAUCGGUGAAUGGCAAACCGACGAGAACAUCGGCAGUGUUCAGUACUUCAAGAAUCUUGUGGGGUAUUCGGUCCCGCUCUCCGAAGCUUCGAUGUUGGAGUUCAAGCAAGUAUCCUUUGAAUCAUCCAGCUCAGAUUUGGACAUCGAGUUCCAGCUUUUCUGUCCAAGUGGACGGUUGUUCGUUGAUUAUGCCCAGCCUUUAGCAGAAAACAAUGCAGAUUGGUCUGGCAGCAACGUCCUGGACUACACGGUGAUCCUGACGAUCUAG